CACCUUUCUACACUGUACUUUACUUCUAGGCGGCGUUCGAACUUGUCAUGCAACCUAAAUAAAACAACAACAUCCCAAGAAAAGGGAAAAUCAUCAUUCAUCGCCCGCGAAGUAGUUGAUGUAAAUAAUUUGACCUGAUUUAUUGCGCUGCCAAAUUCCCAUCAUGGACGGCGCAACACCGGAGGCGACGCCAGCGCCUCAUGUAGUCUUCCGCGGGAAGAAAAGGAAGACAUACAGACAACGAACCGAAUCUACCGGCGACGACGACGAAAUAUCGAAGUCAGUACAGACGCCGCAAUCCGAACAAGCAGCGACAACCUCAGACUCAACACCUAGACUCGAUGUUGCCUCCCCGAUACAAAGCGAAGAUGCAACAGAGGAAGAGAAGGGCUUGUCAGUAGCCGAAGUCCUACGACUACGAAAUGCGCGAAAGGCGCGAUUAGGAGGUGUUAAGUUUGGCGCGGGUGCCAGCAAUGCCCUGAGCGAUGCGACGACGGCCGCUGCUGCUGCAGAGAUAGGGGAAGGGCUUGACGACCUGAGUCUUAUGAUACGAGAGGAAGAGAACAAGGCGCUAGACGUCGCGGCCGGCGUAAAGAAGCGCUUCGCACCGCAGACGGGACUGGCGGCUGAUGCGGUCAACAAGCAUAUGGAGGAAUACAUAGAAGCCGAAUUGGCCAAGCGACACAGCGCUAUAGCGUCCUCUUCGUCAACAAGUCGUUCUGCCGCGCAAGGCCGAUCAUCUAACCAAAAGGAAGACGGACAGCAAUUACAAUCGCGAUUCAAUAGUUCCUUCGAAUCAACGGCGACAUCCUCUUCAUCAACGGCGCCUAGACCCGAACCGCUGUAUAACAGAGCCUUACAAGGUCAACUUAUGGAGAUUGAUCUCGGUGACGAAGCGCGUAGCCGCAACGAGGCGCGGACGGAGCGCGCUACGCGCCGCAUGCAUGGCGAGGCCGUCGAGGACGAUGAUGAAGAACAACAGGGCAAUCACAAUAGGCCGCCGAAGAAAGUUCGGCUUGGACGUGAUGGUAAGCCCUGGCGUCCGCGAAAUAGGCGGAACAGCGACGAUAUCAGAAGGGAUCAAUUGGUGGAAGAAAUACUCCGAGAAAACAGAUUGGACGUCUACGAACCUACUCCACCACCCAGAGCCUCUUCGGCUGCGGCCGACGGCGCCAACGGCGGCGCAGCAGAUGCAGAUGGCGCGGCGGAUGAGCGUAUUGCGGAGGAGUUCCGCCGCGAGUUCAUGGACGCUAUGGCGGAGCGCCAGCAAAAGCGUAAGAAGCCGACCAACGCGCCGUCCGGUGGACCCGGAGGUGCUGGUGCGAGUGGGAAGGGGGCUAAGGACGAGGAUGUACUCAAAGGUCCGAAGUUAGGCGGUAGUAGGAAUGCGCGCGCUGCGAUGCGCAAUUUGCUACUUGAAAAGGCGAAGGAAGCCAAGAAGCCUGGGAGGUGAAAGGAGGGCUAGGUAUAUACGGAUAGGUAUGGUGAGGAUGGAGGCAAAUACGACACGGGAAUACGGUAUGAGUGUAAAUACGCAUAGGCUCUUCAAGGCGCGAUGGCGUUGGUGCGGAUGAUUUACUAGGUCCGUCUGCGUGGUUAUAGCAUCGCGUUAGUGAGUGGUUCGCGACAGGUCGAAAUGCAUCAUAUUCACGAUUCGAAGUUAUUGUACUCUUGAAAAUCGAGAGAGGGGGGGUGAUAUGCUAAAACUACGUGCAUUCUACCUAUUGGGCGGCUGGCUGUUGUAGACUAUUAAGCAUCAACACGGCUUUCAAUGUAUUCUACGUGCAGGUACUUAGGGACGCGAGCAAGGUAUCCUCCCAAACGUAGUUCGCCGUUAGACUUCAUCCCUUGCGCCUGCUUGCGUAAUAUAACAAGUCUUGGUUAUGAC